AUGCCGACAGAGAUGCCGCUGGGCCUCCCCUUCGUCGUCGACACAUGGGGCUCCUCCUCCGGCCGCCGGCGCCACCACCACUUCCUCACCCACGCGCACACGGACCACCUCGCCAACGCCCAGGCCUAUCCCGGCGACACCGUCUACGCCACCAAGCUCACCAUGCGCCUUGCUCUCCAACGCGUUCCCCAGCUGGAGCGGGGGGCAUUUGUGGAGAUGGAGCUGGGAAAGAGGUUGGUGGUGCGCGACCCCGACGGCGACUUUUCUGUCACCGCCUACGAUGCCAACCAUUGCCCUGGAGCAGCUAUGUUUCUAUUUGAGGGUCCAUUCGGUAAGAUACUGCACACAGGGGACUGUCGGCUCACAUCAAAUUAUGUACACAAUUUGCCACUAAAAGUGGAAGAAAAUAAUUGCCGUUUAGACAAUGUGUACCUUGACUGCACAUUUUCUGAAUUCCCCAUGUUUCCGAGCAAGGAGUUGGCAAUUCAGCAGGUUAUAGCUUGCAUACUGAAGCAUCCAUAUGCACCUUUCGUUUAUCUUCACUGUGAAAGACUUGGGCACGAAGAGAUCCUACUUGAGGUAUCAAGGACAUUUGGAUCCAAAAUUUAUCUUGACAGAGGAUGGAAUUUGGAUUAUUUUGAUACGUUGUCACUUACAGUCCCUGAAAUAAUCACUGAUGAUCCAACUUGUCGUUUCCAGAUAGUUGGACGGAACCAAUUCAAAGAGAUCAAAGAAACCAAGCUUGAAGAGAGAAGGGCUAGUCGUCAGCCAGAUUCUUUACUUAUCCGUCCUUCAACAAAGUGGUAUGCAAAUGCCCAUGGUCAAAACCAGAAACUGAGCCUAACAGAAGCUGAGCAGGAUGAUUCUGGGGUGUGGCAUAUUUGUUUCUCAAUCCACUCCUCUCGUGAUGAAUUAGAGCAAGCGCUGCAAAUUCUCCAGCCUCAGUGGGUCAUUUCAACAACUCCCCCAAACUUUGCCAAUGAACUGAGUUAUGUAAGGAAACGUUGUUUAGCACACAUAACACAAGAAAAUGUGCCAUUAAGCAUCAAUUUCUGCUCAACAUCCUUUGAGAAGGAAGUCUAUGAAGAUUUUGUUAGACGAAUACCAUUCUCGGGAAAGAGCCCUAGAGUUGUGGAGAUAUACGAAACAUGGGUGGACCACAGGACUUUUGGACUAUCAAUGCGCGUAAAUGGUCAUAUAUCAGAACAUUGUAUGAACAUGAUGGGCCAAGCUAUUAUGUCAGAAGGGAGUGAUGCAGCUUUCGACAUGCAUGUAUUGCAUUCUGAAUAUGCAAAAAUGCUACAGUACCCCUUUCAAUACCAAGAAAACAUUUCGGAUGAUCUAACUGAUCAAAAUCAGGGAUACAAACUCGACAAUAUGGAUGCAGUUUUUAUGCCACUGCAAAUGUGCAAAACUUGGUACCUAGUUGUGGCAAAUUUUUGGAAGAAACGAUUUGAGGUAUUGAGCCCAUUGGGGUACACUAACGAAUUGAUAAGAGAGGCACGGUCUGUGGUGUACAACUUCCAGAAAGCAUUUCAUAAUGCAUAUACGGGGUCCAGAAGAGUAAAAAUUAAAGCAAUGGAUAUUACCUUCCAUACCAUAUCAAAAUCAGACAACGAAUCCGACAGUGGUAUAUUUAUCAUGAAGGCACUGGAUUUAUAUGAUUUAGAGAAACAUAUCUUCUUUAAAGAUUCUGAUGCCAAAGGACUCCGUGAACAGUUAACAUUCUAUCUCUUGGACCACAAGUACAAUGAGAAGGCCCCUAUCAUGUACAAGGGUUAGUGGGCCCAUAAAGUCAGGGUCAUGUGGUUCUGCCUGAUCAUAGAAGCGUUGGAUGUAACCAUAUAUUCUUGCUACCAUCAAAUAAGGAGUUAGACCAAGAGAGUUUGUGAAUACACAUCAUUUCAAAAUUUUCCACAAGAAGCAAAUGUUGUGCACAUGAUCAGUUAGCUAGGACAAAGGUCUCCACCGGAUGCUUGGUUGGAUGAUCAACCUAAUUUCAUUGUACACUUCCUAACGAAUUAUAUAUAAAAAAACA